CACCUCAGUGCUCGUGCUUCCCGCUGUGGUGAGUGAUUAGUAUUACCACGCGUUCGGUUCAAUCCCGCGCUUUCAGAACGUCCGUGGCGCGAAAUGAUCGCAUAGCAGCCCGCGUGAAUAAUCAGAGCGAGAACGCGUUCCAUUAUCAGUGCACCUUUAGCACAGGUAACACAGGAUAUCCGGAAGAACAAGCAGAUCGGGUAACCACUUCAGCUGAGAUUUUUCACGAGCCACUACAAUCUAUAAUAAAACUCCAGAUUACAGCCAUGACAGAUCUGAAGAAGAACAAGUUAUUUAUUGUGCUGAUGGAUAUUCUUUGUGUGCUCGUGGUGGCGAUGCCAUUCAUCAUCAUGACCAUCACAUUCAGGCCGUACAAGCGUGGAGUUUACUGUAACGACAAUACCAUCCGUUACCCCUACAGACCCGACACCAUCUCUCACAAAAUUAUGGCUGCCAUCACCAUAGGCUGCUCUAUUAUUAUCAUCACUUCAGGAGAGGCUUACCUGGUCUACACCAAACGUCUCUACUCCAAUUCAGACUUUAACCAGUACGCUGCAGCACUCUACAAAGUCGUGGGGACAUUUUUGUUUGGCGCGUGUGUGAGCCAGUCUCUGACCGAUAUGGCCAAGUAUACCAUUGGACGCUUGAGGCCCAACUUCAUGGCAGUGUGCAGUCCAGAAGUCUGUAACGGUUACAUGCUGGAGAUAAACUGCACAGGAAACUCUCGCAACGUGACGGAGUCCAGGCUGUCGUUUUACUCCGGCCACUCGUCCUUUGGGAUGUACUGCAUGUUGUUUUUGGCGCUUUAUGUCCAGGCACGAAUGGCAUCCAAGUGGGCGCGCCUCCUUCGGCCCACCAUUCAGUUCUUCCUGGUGGCUUUUGCCAUUUAUGUGGGCUACACACGUGUGUCUGACUAUAAACACCACUGGAGUGAUGUCGUCGUGGGUCUUCUGCAAGGAGCUCUAGUUGCUAUCCUCACGGUGCGAUACGUUUCCGACUUCUUCAAAGAGCGCCCCCCUCGCUGCCAGGAUGUUGAAAAUGCAGAAAACGAAGACAUGGAGCAUAAACCCAGCCUUCAGAUCGCAGACGCAGACAGAAACAACCAUUACACUUACAGCAGGCCCAUAUGAGCCUGACCUUUGCCCUUUAACCCAAUGUGACCGCCGUCACACACAAAACCACUGGAAGCUGCAUCCUCUAUGCCAUGUACCGAUAACCAAACACACCGCUGCUGCCAUCACCUACACUGGCAUCAACUAUACUCUCUUCCACAGGAUAAUACUCCCCAUUUCAUACUACUGUGUGUGUGUGUGAGUGUGAGAAAUUAAGAGAAUGCACAGACUAACACUGAAUCACGUAUACUACUAUAUAGAUGGCUGAACAUGUUUCUAACAAUUUAUGCAUGCUCAUAUACGCCAUGUGCACAGAUUGAAUCUAAUGAACAAUAAGAGACUUUGUUUUAUCAUAGCACCAAAACACAUUCCUCAAAAGGAACUGGUCGUUUCCAUGGCAACCACAAAACUACCGGUUGACAUUUACUGACUGGCCGGACUUCUGCUGUUUGAAAUUCUUUCAACAUGGAGAAAAUUGAGCUUUUCUUACUUGUCAGAAGACAAGGUUUGGUUGGUUCCCUGAUUGUCUGAAACAAAGAAAUCUAUAAGUUUGAACACUGAAACGCUGCCAAAGGUCUUACUCACAUUGUCAAAGAGAUAUUUUACCUACAUUUUAUAUAUGUUUUUAAAAACUGGAUUUCAGCUAUUUUAAAGGUCUUUUUCGAUAAAGAAAUAAUGUUAUUAUCCUGUGGUAGGUUUAGAGACUUUGAAACAUUUCUGUGAACAAAUUAUAUCCACACACAUGCAUCAGCAAGAAUCUGUAGACAAACUGCAUAGCAUGAUUAAGGUUUUUUCAAACUAUAUUUUUAUGCUUACAUUUUAACUCCAUGUCGACACGGCAAGCUUUCAACACCAUUCUAGUUUUGUUGUGUCGCUCGCUCUUAAUGUAGACAUGGUGUAAUGUUUUUAAUAAGAACCACUAGCUAACCAGCGCACAUUUAUUUUUGGCCUGUUCCUCACAGGUUUCUGUAAAACUCUAGAUAAAUUAGUAUAACUAACACAGCUGUUGCAAGAAUAAACCAACCUAUCCAUGUUACAGGACAUUAAUAAUAUAUUAAUUAAAACUAUUAACACACAGAUUAGAAUAUAGCAGUUUAACAGUUGAAAGUGUAAAUGCUGCUACAGUUGUUGCAUUACAAUCACAACAAUCAGAACAUAUCCACUUUUUUCCUGAACGCUGAAGUGUUGCACUGUUCGUAACAAAAGACUGUUUUCAUUUUCACUUGCAUCGGAGUAUUUUAAGCAGAUAAUGUGAUGUUUUUAGUGUAUCAAAUUUGUAAAAAGUAAGAAACAUGGCUCCAUUUUGCAAUGUAUAACAGAGUUGCGAAGACCGUCUUUUGACAGUGCCUUGCCCGAGUGUGUAGAUGACGUGAAUCGAUGUCCCGAGGUUAGUUACGUAUCAUUAAUUACUUUCAACAACUGCACAAUUUGAGCCUGAACUCAUUUUUACUCCAACUGACAUUUCAAAUGGUUGUUGUUCUCCGUUUGGAUUGCUCAUUUUGGUAGUUUUUACAGUGUUUCUUAUGGAUCCCGGAACCAGAAAGCAAUCCAGCAAUCAUAUUUAUCAUGGUGCCACCCAGUGGUUGGUCAGGAAAACUGUGGAGGCAGCUACAUGCAGAUUAUUAACCAAUGAGAUUUCAGAACCACACAGUGUGAUGCAACGAAAUAGAAACCGUUUAGAUUAAAAUGGACUGUGAUUUGUUUGCCGUUUGUCGUGCUGUGCCAGGUUUAUUCUGUCUUAUGUGCCGUUUUCCACUCACUCAAUUAAAAAAGCCAUUAAAGUGGUCACGAGCUGCCAAAACAACUCGUUCUCUACUUCCUCCACAUUGUGAUGUCACACUGUGGUAGACAGUUGCAUCUGACCGCCUCCACAACAACACAACAACGCCUACUUUACCUUAUCACUGCCAUAGCUCCACCCAGUAGUGGUGAGUAGUGAGAUGGCAAGAAGAGAGAGCCUGUCAGUCAAGAGCAGAGAGCCUAUCAGAACAGUGGGCGUUUAGUGUCAAGUCUUAAAGGAGAAGCAGCACCAAAACCGAGUGUUUCUGACAGAGGGACAGAAUGAGGGUGGAAAAUGACUAUGUUUUACAAAUAUAUGACUGUUUUUUGUGCAAAAAAAAAAAAAACUACUAAUAUUAUAAGUGAACCUCAAAUGUAUACCACAGUGUGACAUCACAAUGUGGAGGAAUUAGAGAACGAGCUGUUUUGGCAUCUUGGUUUCAACAAAUGCUCUUUUUGCAGUGAGGAGGAAGUUUUGAGUUCUGAAACUUACAGUAUGUUUAUAGUACAAUGACCUCUAAUAUGUCAAAAUAUCAAGGAAAAUUGUAUUCCUCAUGUCAUGACUGAAAAAAGGUCAACAUUAAAUUCAACAAUCAGAUUUAACUCCAUUCUGAUACAGUACCUUUAUGCUGCAUCUUUGUAUAAUGUCACACAGUAGCUUUAUUGCAAUAAUUCCCAUACUUCUACUUCGCACUUAAAGUAUGUACGUUGCUGACGUAGGAAAAGAACUUCAUGUGCAUUUGCUAUAAAAGUUAACUAAUGAUGAAAUACAUACAUACUGUUAUGUGUUUAACGUGACAGUAUGGCAGUUUUGGGGCAUACAAUAAUAUCAUAAAAUUGUCUUGAUACCAAAGACCCCUUUGUCACUUACUCUGCGUUAGCAUGCAAGCAUACGCAUUUAGCUAAAUUCAUGAACUUAAAAUACAUUAUUGCUGAACUUCUAGGUUCAUAAUAUACCUUUAAAAGCUAAACAGUGUCUGCCUUGAUGUGCUCGCCAUUUUUAAUAGAAAGGGAGGACAACCCAUAAAUGUAUGAAAUCCAUCGACAACAGUAUAAUUUCCGGAAAUCUUCAGCAUGCUAUUUUCAGUGUUGAUUUGGGAAGCACAAAUCCUCUCCUUGCAAACUAUUUACGAUGAAUACCAUGCGAAUUGGCAUUAAGCCUGUUUAUAAUGCACAUGUCUCUAUUUUUAUAUUUCUCUAUAUUUUUCUGUCUUUACCUGUUCUAUUGUUCAUGAGAAUAAUAGUGUCCCAAUUUUUCAUUGACGAUUUACCACAUAAAUCCUGCACAACACAAAUCUGCUGCCUACUGCGAGUUGUGAAUGCUGCAGGACGUUUUUAUGGACUAUAUUCACAGAAUAUAAUUGAUUUCUCUCUAUGACUCGGGCGUAGUUGCAGAAACCAGAUGACCUUUAAAUAAAUCUGCCCCCAUCGCUAGGCUGAACUCAUUUAGUGGAUUUACACAUUGAAUGUGAACAAGAUCAUGGCAUAUUUGCACACUUUUGCCAAUAUUUCCAAAUGUCACUACUGUUUUAUUGAAUAUAACUGAGCAAUAUUACAUUUUUUUUUUUUUUUUUUUAUGCAUUUGGCAGAUGCUUUUAUCCAAAGCGACUUACAGUGCACUGAUUACAGGGACAAUCCCCCUGGAGCAACCUGGAGUUAAGUGCCUUGCUCAAGGACACAAUGGUGAUGGCUGUGGGGGUUGAACCAGCAACCUUCUGAUUACCAGUUAUGUGCUUUAGCCCACUACGCCACCAUAUAUAAUAUUAUUGAUUAUUUUUGUAGGUUCAUUUAAAACUUUGUUCAUCUGUGCCAUAAAAAUACUUUCGGGAAUGUCCUGUGAUGUGACAUGCUAUACUCGAUUUUAAAACAGUGUUCUUUUAUAAUUAUUAUGACAUAAUUGACUGAGACUCCAUGGGAUAUUUGUACUUUAAAAAUGUAUUUGUCACACUGCAAAACCAUUUAAAAAGAACUAGUGAAGGCAAAAAUGGUGAGUUAAAGUGUUCACCAGUCACAACACCUAAAAUAUACACUUUCACAAAUACAUGUCAACUUUAACCUAAAAUACUGACUUUCUGCUGUUAUGCAUCAACUAUGUAAUCACGCCUAUAUUAAGGACAGUACACAGAAUUGUUUACUGAAUUUUUUAAUACAUAUUUUAAUAAGUGAAUUAAGAAUUAACAUAUUACAGUAUUUUUAUUUCAAAACCAAAGCUUC